AUGGGCUCUACGAAAAGGCCCAAAGCAGCGGGCGAUGAGUCCAAACAGGGUCUUCUCGCCAAAUUUCGAUCGUUAGUUGAUUUUUUGCAAGAAAUUAUGUUUAAAAUUUGCUCAGAAAUAAUUUUUUUUCACGAAUUGUGCUCGAAUUUUCAGAAACAAAGGCGAGUCGGAAGUUGUGGAAACCGAGAAAAAAGUCUCAUUGUUUCAAUUGGUUGGUUUUUUUUUCGAAUUUUCUGAAAAACUGAAAAAGAUAAGAAGAUUGAAGGUCCCUAUCUCCUUCAACACACUAUGCUAAGCUUUGAAAAAAAUAAAUAGUCUAUUCGCUGCUUUCUUUAAUAAAUUCGCGUCAGGAUUUCUUUAUUUUUCUUUCUACGUGCCUUUAAGUUUUAACGAGUUCAAAAAGACCAAUUUUUUCCAAUUUUUUUAAGACUCACCAAUUUCAAAGAAAACCCUCCUUGAAAGUUGAAAUUUAAAGGCGCAUAGAUACCCCUUCAAAUGAUAUCCUGCAGUGAACUGUGACGUCACUUUUUUCCGCCUCAGAAGACAACGGAUCUGUGCACAGAAUUUGAAAAAAGGCGCCAAUUUUCUCUGCGUCUAGCGUGGGAAAAUCUCUCGCUUUCUUGUCUCGUCGUCUAAUCCCUCUUUUUUCGUUACUCAUUUAGGCCAAAGUUUGGCUAAAACGAACAUUUACGUGAUGAUUCAUGGCCUGACAAAAUAAACGUGGAAAACCUGUUUAUUUAGACGUAGCCAUACUGAAAAUAAACACGGGAGUUUUCGAGUUGCGAAAGAGAAAAGACAGAUAUUUGACACUUUUGAUGAUGAAAUCUGGGAAAAAAACUAUGAAAAAUAGGAACUUUUCAGAAAUUUAAGAAGAAUUCUGAGGGACUAUUCUCUUGAUAAAUUACAGAAAAAAAUUAGUAAUUUUCGAUGAAAAAAAGGAAGAGAGGAAAAAAAUUUGAAGGAAAGUUCAAAAAAAGUCCUUCACAAAAAAAUAUCCGAAUUUUUUUCGUUUUAAAACCCUCCAUCAAUUUUAUCUAGUUUAAUAGAGUUCUUUUUCAGAAAAAUUAAUUUUUUUGAGAGGGUUUUUUUCGAGUUCAUAUAGUAGGGGAAUUGAAUAAAAAAACUUUUUCGAAAAAGUUUAUCUUUAUAAACUUACGGAGGAUUUUUAGAUUUGAUGAGUUGUAGGGAAAAUAGUGUGCAAAAUGGGGCAAGAAUGAAAAAAUACAUUUUUUGUCACGUUUUCUGAUUUUUUUUAAAUUAUUUAGAGAGAGGGGGAGUGAUAAUAAACUUCUCAAAAAAAGUGAAAGAAAUUGAGAAUUUUCUGUGAAGAUUCCUCUGAUUUCUUCACAAACAUGUAGUCUGUUUAAAAAAAUUUCCGACGAAUUUCAAGGUUUUUAAGUUUUGCAUGACCUGGAGUAUUUCUGGAAUUGGUUUUUCGUCUCGAUACUUUUUCUCAAAAAUUUUUUUCUAUGCUUCUUUAAUUUCCCAGUUUCUCACGAGUCUUAAUAUGAUUUUUGAUUCAAUUUUUUUAGGGAAUCUUUUUUUAUUUAGUUUCGAAGCUUGAUGAAAAAUUCAACUAAGUUCACCAAAUGAUUAUUUGAUAGAGUCCGCCGCGAUUUGACAGUUUUCGCGUGUCUGAGUAUCUAUGUUCCCUCACCGGCGAGGUCAGAGAAACGCGAAAAAUAGUGCGUCAACAAGAGAGGGUCGUUGAGAGACGAGGAGAGCGCAGAGAAAUCCCGCCCUUUCAAGUCGCAAGAAACGGACUAUAAUAAGUGAUAAAUUCACAACUGUAUUUUCCAGUUCCGCUACACGUCGGGAUGGGACAAAUUGAUGCUUCUGAUCGGCGUCUUGGUCGCCUGUUUCACUGGUCUCGGAAUGCCUCUCAUGACGAUUAUUAUAGUUUUUUAAACCCACGAAAUCAUCAAAAAAUGCCAAAAAUUCCAGGGAGACACCACCCAAAACUUCAUCGACGUCACCAAAGUCGCCAAUUUUAGCAGUUAAUCGAAAAAAAGAUGAAAAUCCUUCAAAAUUGAACUUUUCCAGCGAUCCCCGACUUUUUCAAGCAAGCUUUUUCCGACUAUGUCAUCGAGAACUGUUUCAAAUACGUUUAUUUGGGCAUCGCUGUCUUCAUUUCCGCUACUGUUCAGGUUGACAUUUUCAUUUCUUGAAGAGCAAUUUCAGUUUUUUGAACAAUUUCAGAACAAUUUUGUGGGAUUAAAAAGUCAGUUUUGGGCGGAUUUAUGUCGAAAAAAAUCGAUUGAAAAUGCUUCUAAAAAUUCUUUUUUUUUCUUAUUUUAACUACAUUUUCGCUAAUUUUGGUUUGACGGUUGGACAAAAAAAUGUCACAGUAAUAACCGAAAAAUGUCCUUUUUAGGUUCGUAAACUCUUGUCGUAAUGGCCCAAACGAACCCAAAAUUUUCGAAAACAGGCCUUUUUUUGUUGUUUUUUAGCCUAUCUUAACUUAUUUUCUCAACGAACCUCUUGGAAAUUCAUAAAUGAAGAAAAUGGUUUUUUUUAGAAAGUUGCAGUCUCCGAAAGGCAUUUUUCGGGCUGGAAGUCCCUAUAAAGUCCCAUAAAAAAUAUUAACCCCGCUCAAAUCCUUCAAACAAGGAAAAGCUUGCUCAAAAAUGCUUUGAAAACUAUAUUCGUCUCUCGAAUUCCAGCAUUUCUGUUUAGUUUUUUUUUUCCUUAUGUAGAGCUCACUUUUUUCUUCCCGGAAAAGCUCGCUGAAAAAAAUGAGACAAGUUGAAAAGUUUCAGAUUUCAAUAAGCUCAAAAUAAUCGUUUUCGAGCAAAAAAAGAAUUUUUUCAGGCCCUCUGCUUCCUGACAGUCUGCGAGAACAUGGUCAAUCGAUUGCGACGCGUUUUUUUCAAGUCCGUUUUGCGGCAGGACAUCCCCUGGUUCGACAAGAACACCAUGGGAACCAUGACUUCCAAGCUUUUCGAGUGAGAAUUCUAUUUGCUUGUAGUGACCACUAGAGUGUUUUGGGCUUUUAAGGAUUUUUACGAAGCUUAAUAGACACUAAAAAUAUGAUGAAAGUAAAUUUUGGGGAUUUUCUUUUUGACCAUUUUUUUAAAAUUUUUUUUUGCGAUUUCCAGAGUGCUCCCUAUAGGGGCAACCUACAAAGUCACCUCUAGGGACCGCUUUAAGCCUCCUAUAGGGGCCACUCAAGCUUAAAAAAGUGGUCCCUAUAGGGGGCAUGCUAGUCGAUAAUUUUUACGAACUAUAGGCGAAGAAUCAUGGGAAAAACUGAAUAAACGUUUGUUGAAUUAAAUUGAGAGACCCCUGUAGGGUCCACUUGAGCUUUAGGGGCUAAGGGGUCAGACCCCUAUAGGGACGAUCUUAAUUUUACCCCUAUAGGGGUCAUUUUUUUGACCUCAAUAGUGGUUGUUUUCUUCCCGAACCUCUAUAGGGAUCUCUCUGGAAUUCCUAAAUUGAAACCUUUUAGCAUUUUCUUGCACUCAAAAUAUAUUAGUUUCGGAAGACAGAAGUCCUCUUAAGAGGUCACUUAGAACGAAAUAUUUUUAGCGGCCCCUUGAGGGUCUUUGAAAGCUUUACAAAUUUCCUUGGUAAUCCAGAAAUCAACGAUUAUUUCCAAAUUCAGCAACCUGGAACGAGUGAAAGAAGGAACUGGUGACAAACUCGGCCUGAUGAUCCAGUCCGUCGCUCAGUUCUUCGGCGGAUUCUUCAUCGCCUUUUUCUACGAUUGGAAGUUGACGCUGAUCAUGAUGUCCCUCUCGCCUUUCAUGAUCAUCAGUGGAGCUUUUCUCUCAAGGGUGGGAGGCUCAAAAUAUCUUGAGACUAGCAAAAAUGUUCAGAAAUUUCAGAGCAACCUGGUCGCGACGGAAAAUUUUCCAAGUUUAAUGUUGAAUAUUGAGCUUGAAAUUUUGACAUUUUUUUUGUGGUAAAUCAGGAUUUUAGUACCUUCGAGGUGUAUGAACUUGAUUAAUGAGCAAAAAUCGUCUUUGAAAAAGUUUCGUAUGGGGGUUAGGUUGCUCUAGAGACAUUUUCAGUGUUUUCUUGAAAUUUUUUUCCGAUUUUUUUGAGAUUGAUUUGUUAUAAUUUUUACAUAUCUUUAAAAAUCUUGAGAAUUUUCAAAAAAAGUUCUGAAGCCUUGAAAAGAUUCCUCUCCUUUCAGUUGAUGGCCACGGCCUCCAAGGAAGAGUCCAAGAAAUACGCUGUCGCUGGCGGAAUCGCCGAAGAAGUCCUGACGUCGAUGAGGACCGUCAUUGCUUUCAAUGGACAGACUUAUGAGUGUGAAAGGUAUAAAAUGAAUAAAAAAAUAGUUGAAAUCGAAAAAAAUGAUCGAUAAAACGGAAAAAAACUGAAACUUUUUCAUUGUAAGGGAAAUUUAUUUUUUUUGUUUUUUUUCUGAGAAAAAUAAAUCAUCAUCUUUUGUGAUCAACUUCAUAGUUUGAUAAGAAAAUAUAAAGAAUAUCAGAAAAAAAUUUUUUUCUAAAAAUAAUCCUCAAUUUGAGUUAUUCAUAGAGAAGACGAUUUUUUUUUGCCACAAGUCUUUUUGUCUAAAUUUAACCAUACUGGGACAAUUUUCAGUGGUCUCUUUAGGGUUUUGAGGUUUUAAUGGCCACUACAGUAGUCGACCCAGAUGAAAUUUGUGCCUGAAGUGGCCACUUUAGAAGUCUAACCACUGAAAUUUCUAGAGGCCACUUUAGGGGACAAGAAAUCAUAACUUGUUCAAUGAGCAUGAAGCCUUUGAGAAUAGAAAAUCGGUAGGAUUUACUCUGAUAAAACUUUUUGAAAAAAAUCAUAAAAAUCAUUUAAAUUUUGACUUGAAUUGCUUCAAUAGAAAAAAACAGGACGGACAAUUGCAAAAAAAAAAAUUUUUCUAGAGGUAAAUUUUAUGGCGGCUCCGCAGCUUAUUUUACAUAUUUCUAAGAAAAUAAUAAAAUCAUAAGAAAAUUUUCUUGAAGAUACGAAAACGCACUGAAAGACGGCAAGGCGACGGGCGUCAAAAAGUCGAUUUACGUCGGUCUCGGCCUCGCCGCCACCUUCGCCAUCAUGUUCUCCUCCUACGCCUUGGCUUUCUGGGUUGGGACCAACUUUGUCGCCGAUGGAAGAAUGACUGGGGGAACUGUCUUGACGGUACCGGAAAGUGUACUAUUCCCGAAAUUUUCAGAGUUUUAGGUGUUUUUCUCGGUGAUGAUGGGCUCGAUGGCUCUGGGACAGGCGGGGUCCCAAUUCGCCGUCGUUGGAACGGCCAUUGGCGCCGCUGGGUCUCUUUAUGAAGUCAUUGAUAGGGUGAGGCUUUUGUAGGUUGAAAAAUAAGGGUAUUUUUGGCUAGGAACUAUCUCAAAAUUGCUUUUUGAGCACUAAAUGAAGUCUCAACUUUAACUACUGAGCCUGAAGCUUCGAGACAGCAAUAUUAUGUAGCUAGAGAGUUAUAGCAAAAAAACCCUCUCAUUUUGGAAUGCUCUCUAGCUUUCGAAACUUUGAAGGAGCAACGGCUGAAUCAAUAAAAAAAUAUUUUAAAACGAAAAGAUCUCUUUAAGUUCGAGGAUUCCCGAAAAAUUUUCAAAAAAACCCGUGAGAUUUUCAGAGAUAGAACCCUACGGAGCAAUUCGAAAAAAACAUAAAAGAAGAGAAUUUGUGGGGUACUUGAUGAAAAAUUAGCCUUUUUGUAAUAGAUUGUCCAUUUUUUUCAGAACUGGAUUCAUUUUGAAAAAAAGUGUCAGCUCAUUUGGGUUUUUAAUCAUUUUUAUAACUGAAAUAUAGUUAAAUAAUAAAGUUUAAUUACCUUACAGGACCCUGAAAUCGAUGCCUACUCUCAAGAAGGUUUGAAACCGAAAAAUUUAGAAGGAAAGGUCGAGCUGACCAACGUCCAAUUCUCAUAUCCGACUAGGCCCGAUGUCACUGUUCUUCAGGUUAGUUUGAGAUGAAUAAAAAUGAAAAACAAAUGAAAAAGAGAUGUCAGUUUAGGUGAUUGACUCUGAAUCCUAAAAAAUUGACUAGCAUGGCGUUUUUGUUAGUGGAAGAAAAUGCGGAACCAAAAAUGAAGGGGUGUAGCCAAAACUCCGCCCUUCCCAUGUGACGUCAUGAGAAACAAUCGUAAACAACAGAGAAUAUUAACGGAGCAUGUUCAAUGGGUCAUGAGACGAAUCGAUUUCUCAUUUAAAAAAACCCGAUUUUUGUUCAAAGUGAUUCCGCGAAAAUUAAAAUAGCCGGCUGAAAUUGGAAAAUGAAACCGAAUUUCGAAAAUUCGGAGAUUUUUUUGAAUUUCGCGAAAAUUUCUUCGAACACGGCUUGUGCGAGAGCGUCGCAGUGCAUGCACACUACACAUUACACUUUACGAAAAAAAUAUGCGCGAGCGUCGUCAAAAAAACGCUUUAUUAUGAACAAGGUGAAGAUACUAAAUGUCUAAACCUUCAAAUUUUUCUAGUUUUCGAGAAAAGAGGGCUCCAAAGUCUGAUAAUGACCCAUUUCAACGGUUUUUGAUGGUUUUCUUCGACUUUAAAGGGUCUUUCUUGAAAACUUGGAGGUUUAGAAGUUUGAGACGUUUAUAAACUUCACCAGGCUGGUUAGACAGUACUUUUACCUUUUGUUUUUGGAAUUUAGCAACCGAAAAGCAUGAGGAAGGUCAUUAUAACCCCUCUUUGCAAACUGUUCAAGCUGAAGUUCCUUUUUGACUAUUUUUUUUCCGCAAAAACUAAUUCACGGUCAAUGUAUAUUAUGUCAUGAAUAUUGCGACCAACCAAAGCCAAAAAUGAAACGAAAAAAAAUUCCAAUCGAAGGAUUAUAGGUCAAUUUUUUCUCUAUAAAACCAUUCUUGUACAUGUAAUUUUUUUCGUCUGGAUAAAUAUUAUUAUUUAGCCAAAUGGACUGUAAUACCCCUACAAAAAGUGUUUUUCAGGACAUGUCUUUAACGGCAAACCCCGGCGAAACUGUCGCUUUGGUCGGCGCGAGUGGAUGUGGAAAAAGUACGAUCAUUCAGCUCCUACUUCGUUAUUACAACCCCAGUUCUGGAAAAGUUGGAUUCAAAAAUAUUUUCUCAAGCUCAAAUCACUCUCUCUGUAGAUGACCAUUGACGGAAUCGCCAUCGAGGACCUGAAUAUCGACUUUUUGAGAAAUUUCAUCGGCGUCGUUUCCCAGGAACCCAACCUUUUCAAUACCAGCAUAGAACAGGUGCUUUUUGAUUGGAAUUUUCCGGAAUAAAAAUUUUUUCAGAACAUCCGGUAUGGGCGAGAAGACAUCACGGAGACUGAGAUUUUCGAAGCAUUGAAAAAAGCCAACGCCUACGACUUUGUCAAAUCAUUCCCUCAUGUUGGUUUGCGAGAAAAAGUAGAACAUGUGACCACGAAAAAAAAAAGAUUUUGUUUUAUUUAAGUACAAGGCUUCAGUUUUUGAUUUUUCAUCGGAAACUGGAAGAUACAUUUUUUCGAGGGGAUAAGGUAAGACAGGUCUUUGAAAAUAAGAAAGUUUGUUUUAUAAUUAUUAAACUUGAAACUUGAAAAUGAGUGAUUUGAUCUUAUUGGUACUAGUAAAUCAAGCGAAAAUACUCGAUAGUACGAAGCAGAAACUUGGAGGGGCCAGAGAAAGAGAGACAUUAUUAUUUCUCUGGCGUUUCUUAAAAUUACUGUUCCUUCGCUUCAGCUUUUUUGACUUUAACUUCAGUUUUUGACUUUUCUAGAGCUUUAUUUAGGGGCUUUUAGGAUCUUUCUGCGCUUUCUUCUUCAGUCUUUCACUUUCCAGGGCCUGAAAACGCUAGUCGGCGACCGUGGAACCCAAAUGUCCGGAGGUCAGAAACAGCGAAUAGCCAUCGCCAGAGCCCUGGUCCGAGACCCGAAAAUCCUCCUCCUGGACGAGGCGACUUCGGCCCUCGACGCCGAGAGCGAAAGCGUCGUGCAACAUGCUCUCGAGAACGUUUGAAACAAGAAAAAGGAAAAACUCUGAGCCUUUUUCCAGGCCUCCAAAGGUCGCACCACCAUCGUCAUUGCUCAUCGCCUCUCUACUGUCAGGAAUGCCGACAAAAUUAUUGCAAUUCGGGAAGGAAAGGUAGGUUUUUGAACUAAAUUUAAAGCGACUUAAAAUUUUCUGACAUGUCUGCGCCCUCUUAUAUCUCACCGGAAAGGUCCUAUAAACCAAGGAAAUAACACUCAAAAGCGAGAGAGUCGUUGAAAGUGAAAGAGGUGCAGAGAAAUGAUUCAAGUUUUGGGACUUAGUCUGUUUUUCGCAACUCGGAAUGAUAAGACUUCUCUGCGCCCUCCUCGUCUCUGGCUGACUCUCUCAUGAUCACAUGAUAUUUUUUGUUUCUCUGACCUUGCCUUGCCGGUGAGAGAACAGAGAGACGCAGACGCUUGAAAAGUGUCAGCGACGAAUGGACUAUAUUCAAAUAUAAAUUGUUUUGUGAAGGAAAAUGUUGAAAAGUUGAAAAUUAUACUGAUGAUCUACUUUUGAGGCUCGACCAAAAGAAAGAAGAAUUUUAAAAAAAAUUGUCUUUAUACCGAGUUGGAAUAUUCUAGGUCGUAGAAGUUGGAACCCAUAGCGAUUUGAUCGCCUUGAAAGGAUACUAUCACGAGCUCGUCAAUGCUCAGGUUUUCACUGACGUCACUGAUCCAGGUGAGCUUCAGCUGUCAAAUUCCUAAUUAAUCCCAAAUCAAGCCUCGCCUCGCGAUAAAUCCUCGUCUGGACCAAAAUCACCUACCUCAACUUCAGAAAGAUCAGAUUUGAUUGUGAAUUUAUUCGGAAAACUUCAAAAAUCCAGCAUUUUGUUCAGAGAAUGAAAUCUUUGACUUCGGCUCGUCCUGACGAAGAAGCUCCUUCAGCUGAACUGGAAGAAACCGGAAAAAGAACUAGAUCGGUUGAAAAAUGGUUUUUGGGAGUUAUUUACUUGAAAAUGAUGGAUUUUGACGUUUAGAACUUGUGGUCGAAGGCGCGAAGCGGGUCGGAAUUUUCGGGAUUCUGAAAUAUGCGCGGCCCGAAUGGGGCUUCAUCGCCUUGGCCGUCACGGCGGCGAUUAUUCAAGGAUCCGUCUUUCCCUUGUUUUCCCUGCUCUUCUCCCAGAUUAUCGAGGUUUGGAAACUUUGAGACCGGAAAAGUAGUGAUUCCUGUUGAAAAUUCCUUAUUUUGGAUGGAAAUUUUGAAUACUUUAAACAUUUUGGUCAAAAAUAAAGACUCUAUAGUUUGAGGUUUCAAAGAAAAAAACUUUUCAGUAGGGAUUUGGUCAAAUUUUGAACGUUGUGAUUAACAUUUCGAAUGAUUUUCCAUAAAUUUGGACCAGGAAAUGAGGGAAAAAUGCUCUUUCAGGUGUUCUCCGAGAAAAAUGUGGAAAAAUUGCGAGCCGAUGGCCAUUUUUGGGCCUUGAUGUUUUUGGUCCUCGGUGGAUUGCAGAGUGUGAUGAUGAUGACCCAGGUUAGUAAAAAUCAAUCGCGGAGUGUCGAAAACUGUCUGGUCUGUCUACGCUCUCUUCUCUCCCGCCGGGAAUGACUUAGAAGCAUGAAAAUCAUACUGGAAGUCACAAGAAUAAGCUAAAAAAUCGGGGUUUAAAAAAAACUCACAAGUUUUUCGUGGGAAGUUUUAAGCAAACUUCUAGAGAAAAUCCCUCAUUUCAAACAAAAAUGACCUUCUUUGUUAAAUGUCUUACUAUAGUCAGUUCACCGCGACUUGAAUGUUUUCGCUUGUCUGCGUCUCUCUGUUCCCUCACCGGCGAUCUCAGAGAAAUAUAGAAAUAGCACGUGAGACGAGGAGGGCGUAAAGAAGUCGCGAAAAACGGACCCUACCUCUUUUUUCAAACCCUCUUGUCCAUUUUCCAUUUUCCAGAUCCCUGAACCCGAAAAUUUCAUUCAGAAGGCUUUUUUCGGCCCAAAAGCAUUCGUAGAAUUUUCUGAGAACCAGAAUUUCCAGUGCUCCUUUUUCGGCGUCGCUUCGGAGAACCUGACGAUGCGACUCCGGUCGAAAGUCUAUCGGAACGUUUUGCGAAUGGACGCCACGUAUUUCGACUCGCCGCGCCAUUCGCCCGGGAAGAUCAGCACCAGACUCGCCUCGGAUGCGCCCAACGUCAAGUUUUCCCGAAAUUCGUCGAAAUCCGAUAAGAAAUGCUCAUUUUGAGGUCGGCACUGGAUUAUCGGCUGGGAUCCGUCUUCAAUUGCUUCGUUUCCGUCGUCCUGGGCGUCAUCAUUGCCUUUUAUUUCGGCUGGCAGAUGGCCAUUUUUGUUGGUUUUUAUCAAGAAAAUGCAUUUUUGAAGGUUUAGAAGUAUGAAAGAAAACAAGGAAGUAGUGUUUUUAACUUCAGAAAAGAGGCAAAGUUAGAAAAAAGCGAGAAAUGAUUCAGUUUUCAUCUCAAAAUCAAUGAAAUUUGAUAGAUUUGGAAGAAGUAGCUGUUACUUUUUUAGGGUGUCUGAUAAAAUAUAAAAAAUAAUAAAGUUCAAUAAGGAUGCCGCAGAAAUGUGUAGAGGAAAAAAAGUGACGUUGAAGGAAAGUAAAAGGAAUAUUUAGAAAAAAAUUUUCGAAAAAUUGCCUAAGGGUCUUCAGUGGUCACUUAAGUGUCCUUGAAGCACCUGUAGUGUUCACUUGGAAAAGACAUAAUUGCCCCGCCAGCGGCACCAGUGUAUGAGUCCAAAAAACAUUCCUCGAUUCAAACUUUCACCAUUGUUUCUCAUAAAUUGCAGUAAUUUAGACCGUCUCGACGUUCCCCCUCCUCGGUGUUGGUCACGCGAUCCAACUGAAAUUUUUGUCGGGAAAAGCGGCUGGAGAUAAUGCCGACCUGGAAAAUAGCGGAAAAGUCUGUAGUAACCCCAUAUUUUGAAGACUUAGUCGCUUCAGAUCGCCCUGGAAGCCGUGGAGAACAUCAGAACUGUCCAUUCUCUAACUCUCCAGCCCCGACUUUGCGAGCAAUUCGAGUCUCAUCUCGAUAAACCCCAUCAGAAUAACCAGAAAAAGGCCGUUUUGCAGGUUUUUGAAUGAGUAAAACCUUGAGUGAUUUGAGAUUUUCAGGGUCUUUCCUACGGAUUCGCCUCCUCAGUUUUCUACUUUUUGUACGCUGCCGCCUUCAGAUUCGGUCUUUACCUUAUUCUGGAGGACAUCAUGAUGCCGAUCCAUGUUCUGAGGUGACUUGAGACCUACAAGAAAAAUUUGAAAAGGCCUUCUCGCAUUUGAAAUGGUUCAAAGCGUCGCGGUCGCGUUGCGGUUUCACAUUUCGUUCAUUUUGCGCGUAAGACGUUUCGAGUUGGGCGCGACUUGAACCAGCCGCUUCACAAUUAGGCCAUUCCACAUGCGCCCAAAAGCUUCAAAGUCAAGCAGAAACGAAUUUGUGAAAUUUUCCAGAGUACUAUUCGCCAUUUCCUUCACAGUCGGAGGCUUGGGCUACGCCAGCGGCUACUUCCCCGAGUACAUCAAAGCGACCUACGCGGCCGGACUUAUCUUCAAAAUGCUGAAAGAAGAGCCGCGCAUCGACGGGAUGACGGACAAGGGAAAGAAGCCGCUGAUCACUGGGAGCGUCAAACUCCAGGACGUCUACUUCAAGUACCCCGAAAGGGCCGAUGUCCCCAUCCUUCAAGGACUUUCCAUUGAAGUAAUACUUCAGAAAAAUUCUUCGGAACUGUGUUUCUUCAGGUGAAUCCUGGUGAAACUCUAGCCUUGGUAGGCUCCAGUGGAUGCGGAAAGUCUACAGUCAUUUCUCUUUUGGAAAGGCUCUAUGACCCUCUGGACGGUCAUGUGGUGGGAAAUGCUCUGAAUAUUCUUCUAACAGAGAAUGAACCUAGAAUCUCGACGGAGAAGACAUCAGAGAGAUGAAUCCGACUCAUCUGAGGUCGCACAUCGCCUUGGUUUCCCAGGAGCCGACGCUUUUCGACACCAGCAUCCGUAGCAACAUCGUGUACGGACUCGAGCCGGGUUCCUACACCGAGGCCCAGAUUUUGGACGCCGCCAUGAAGGCCAACAUCCACAAGUUCGUGUCCGAACUUCCCGAGGUACUGUAGGAGGGAGUGCCGUGGAGAGUUCCCACUUUAGGGAUAUGAUACUCGCGUCGGAGAGAAGGGAACUCAGCUGUCCGGAGGUCAGAAGCAGAGAAUCGCCAUCGCCAGAGCCCUAAUCCGAAAUCCGCGGAUUCUACUUCUGGAUGAGGCGACGUCGGCUCUGGACACGGAGAGCGAGAAGGUCUCCUGAAUUUUCUAGAAGAUUCAAGUCUGAACUCUUUCCAGUUGGUCCAAGCGGCCCUCGAUGCGGCUUCCCAAGGCAGAACUUGUAUUGUCGUGGCUCAUCGACUCUCUACCGUUGUCAAUUCGAAUUGCAUCGUUGUGGUUCAUAAUGGCAAAGUUGUUGAAGAAAGGUUGGGACCAACAUCAGCGUGGAAAAAAAUUCUACAGAUUUUGAAAGAGAUCGUACUUUAUUGAAAAUAUUUCGUGAGCUUCUUAGAGACAUAGGAGCCUCGUAUAAAUUGAAAGAAACUCAUUGUCUUCAAGGUGAGUGAAACCUCCCUACAGAUCUUAAAAGGAUCUGUGGAGGAGGUUUUACUCACCUUGAGGCAAAAUGAAAGUUCAAAGCCCCCUUUUAGGGACCACUUCAAGCGUAUUUGCCGAUUUUAUGUCAUCAUCUUGCGCGUCUAACUCUCGGAGUUCGAAUAUUAAUCGAAAUUUAUCUAUUCGAAGAUUUGUCGAAAUCUCUAGCUUAUUCAAGUCUUCGAAAUUUCUGAGUUUUGCUUUUUUUAAGAUUAUUUCCAUAGUAAUUUCAGAAAAAUCAUGUUUUUCAUGUGAAAUAAAAUUCUGAGUUCAAAACAAGUUGAUGAGUCAAAAAUCGUAGGAUAAGAGAAAAGGAAAAAUAUAGUUAUUCUAACAUUCUGAAAAAAAGAUGUAAAGACGAAGCUUUUCCUAUCCUUAAGAACAUUCAAGUAUACUUUUUCUCGAGGCUUAUCCAAUUUUACAGAAUUCUUGUUGUUUUUUUUCUACUCGAAUCGAUCUUUUUAAUACUUUCUGCAAUCUUCAUCACAUUGAAACCGUUUUCAGGAACGCAUUCCGAAUUGAUGAACAAACGCGGAACAUACUAUGCCCUUACACAAAAACAAACUCUUGCUGUUGAUUAGAUUUAGUUUUAUUUGCAUCUGAAAAUCUCUUUUAUCACUUUUCAAAAUAAUUUAUUCAUUUUCUACACUAAUAAUCUUAUAUGGAACCAUUUUUCGACCUGUGAUUUUGUGAUAGUCGGUGUUCUGAAACGUAUCACUUGUUCUUGUUGACCUUUUUUUCUAUGAGCUUAAUAACCUUCAAUUCAUAAUUUUUAGAAGAUGAUCUCUCCAAUUUUGUUAACCCGAUUAUAAUAAUAAAGUUCACUCCUUUUUUGCCUUUUCUGAAGGAAGCGAGUAUUUUUCUGAUAAGUUGGAGUUUUAAAUGAAGUUCCAUUGAUUUUCGAGUUUUCCGAGGGAAAAAGGUGGAACUGAUUAGAUAAAUCGAACUGCCAAAGGGGCGUAGCGUACUUUUGGCCGAGCAAAUUUUGUGUCCGAAUAUUUUUCCAUCGAAUCGAACUUAAACUGAUCAAAUUGUCAAUCUGUGGGAAAGAGGACAGAAUGGGCGCCUUCCGAAAGAAAUCAAAGUGAGUUUCUCUUUUUUUUCUUCAACAGAAGUUAAAGGCUCUCUUUAGUUGAAAAUUGGAAUAUAUAUAGAAAUUUUUCGGUUUUUUAAUCGUUAGUAUAGAAAAUCAGUAGCUGAUUUAAAUGUUUGGCAAUGAAACAAGAUAGGAAAACCUUUUAAACUUUUAUGACGACAAACCUUUCGAAUUCACAAAUUCCGUAUAAAUCUGGCGAUGAACAUAAGUAAACUUACCUUUAAAAAAUCUGUGAAACAAAAAUAGCGAAAAAAAAUUGAAAAUUUUAUUGAAUUCACCAUGGAGCAUCUUUAACCUCAAGCGCCUUUUAAUAAAGACAUUUUCUGAAUUUUUUUUUCUGAUUGUUUUUUUCUUUUAGUUUUUACAAAAUUUUUGUUUUUUUCGGUAUGUUACUUUUUUUGUCUUUUUGGAAUCUGUUCGAAAAUCUUUAUUCUCAUGAAAUAAUUAGAACUUCAUAUUAAUAAAAUGGGGGUAUGAAAACAAGAUUAGCGAAAUUUGCGUUGACGAACUUAUCGAAGACCGCGAAAUCGCGGGCGGUGUAUGCCACCGUGUAUGCAUACUGUUUGCGCAAAAAAAUCAAUAAACACCUUUCCGACGGAACUUUUUCCGACUUUUUGCCUCUUUUUUUCAAAUUUUUUUGGAUUUCGUCACUCAUUUUUGGUUUUCUCUGUUAUUUCAUCUUUUUCCAUCGCAUUAUGAUCCUCUGGUACGCAUUGUUCCUAAUUUUUCUCGAUAACAAUAUAUUUAUCGAUAGGAAACGAUGUCAAUGAAAAAAAAAGAUUUGGAAACAACAAAUCUAUGGACUAUGGUGAAAGAAAAUGAAAUAAAACAAGAAAUUGGAAAAAUAAGAAAUGACACGAGAAGAAUGUGAAAGAUAUAGGAAAUUUUGAUGUUGCCCGAAACGAAAACAAUAACUUACAGAUUUGUAGGAAUCAGCGUCACUCAAGUAAUCAAGCAUGUCAUCCAAUGUUUCUCUCAUAGCUCUUUCUUCUUCACUCAUUCUGUAAUUGAAACGCAGAAAAAACUGUUAUAAACAAUGUUCCAACAGCCAUCACGACGAAAAUUAUUCCAAAAAAUUUUUUUUACUUCAAACAAAACUUGAGGUCUUUUUUUCCGAUACAAGGAUCAUAAUGCGAUGAAAAAGAUGAAAUAACAGAAAAACAAAAAAAUGAGUGACGAAAUCCAAAAAUUUGAAAAAAAGGCAAAAAGUCGGAAAAAGUUCCGUCGGAAAGGUGUUUAUUGAUUUUUUUUCGCAAACAGUAUGCAUACACGGUGGCAUACACCGCCCGCGAUUUUGCGGUCUUCGAUUAGUUCGCCAACGUAAAUUUCGCUAAUCUUGUUUUUCAUACCCCCAAUAAAAUAGUGUAAAAUGGUAAUUUUUCUUCCUUUUUAAACUUUUAUGGAGUCAAUUCAAAGUUAUCAUUACAUUAGUAAAGCUUAUUCAUUGAGAAAAAAAUGAGAACGACUAUUUAUUAAAAAACUUUUUUUAUUUUUUUGUUCGAAAAGUUUAUUACUUUUCAGUUUUUAUUUUCAAAUCGAUGAGCAGCUUUUGAAUAUGAUAUUUAAAACAAAACUAUUUUCAAGAUUUUGAAUGAGAUUACGUUUCACUCGAAAUUAUCUGAAGUCAUAGUUUUCCCAACAGAAAAGAUCUCUGAUUUCUGAUUUGAACCUUUCGAUUCAACAACAUUUUAUGAUGAAAAUGCUCAUCGACAAGGCAUUUGUGACCGUUAUCAUUGUCUGACUUGUUUUUUUUUUCUGAAGUUCGCUUCGUCCUUUUUGCUACGUGUUCCAUGUACUUUGGUUUCAGGAGCAGUGAUAAAAGCGAUGAGAAGGAAGUUGAAGAGGAGAAGCUACCGAAAGCGUCGCUUUUUGGCCUGGUUUGUGGUUUUUGAAUGGAAAAUAUAUUGAAUUUCACGAAUUUUGGGAUAAUUAGAGUUUUUUUCUGGCUAGAAAACGCAUUUUUCUUUUUAAAUAAUUUUGAAAAACUACCAAAGGGCCCCAUAAUUCUACAUAUUUUGAAGGAUACGACAUUUUAGCGUCCCCAAAUAUAGGAAAAAGGGAAUCGCAAUGUUACAUCAUUCCAUGCAAUACACUAAAUAAAUGCAAUUAUCCAGAGCACAUCUGUAAUUUUUUUUCUAUACGAUGUUUUGGCUGAGAAUAGAAGAGAAAAAAAUUGGUUAUUUUAUGUUUUUUUCUUCUGGGAAAUCGAUAAAUUUAAAAAAAGGAGGGAAUAAAAAAAUAUGGAAAAACAAUCUUAUUUAUUUUUCAGAUUUUCUUUUUCAUCUAGGUUUUUUUCAAAAAUAGGCUUUGAACCGAUAAAAAGUGGUUACGAGGAGAAAAAAAUUGGAAAUUUCACAAAUUUAAAGAAGAAUUUUAUAUUUUCCUAUCUCUUGUAAUCCGCUAGGUUGUCACAAAAAAAUAUUUGCUCCAAUAUUUCCUAAUUUUUCACUCUUUGCUACCGUUUGAAAAACAAGGAAACGGAUUUUCUGAUUUUUCGACAAGUUUCGGCGCGAAAAAUGUUUCAAUUCAACCGCAUUUAGUUCAAAAGCUUAUAGAGGGUCGUCGAAUUUUUCCUUGACGUUGCUGUAUUUCAUGACCCCCUGCCAUUAGUUUUCUACACAAAUCGAAAAUUUUCUUCAAAUCUUCAAAAAAAGGUUUUAAGCUCCGAUAUGCCUCGGCGACGGAUCGAAUUUUACUUUUCGUCGGUUUUUGCUGUGCAAUUGUCACUGGCCUCGGACUUCCCAUGAUGUCCGUCAUGAUGGUUUUCACCACAUUUCUUCAAAAAUAAUAUUUAUAUAUUUUUUUAGGGAAAUGUGUCCCAAAAUUUCAUCGACUCGGCGAACGCGACAAUGUCCAACACAACGGGUGAGUUUUAAAUUUGAAAACAAUUUAAAUAUUUCUUUUCCUGUUUUCCUGUUUCUUAUGAUCUUUAUUUUUCGGACUGCUUUUUAUUCUCUGAUUCGUCCUCUCUAAUUUUGCCAAUAUUAAAAAAAUUCCAUAGCCUGUUCAGAUUUUAAAUGUCAAGUCUUCGCUUAAACUCCGCCCCUCAUGCGUAAGUCAAACCAAUCAGAAAAACGAGCCAUCCAUAGAGCGUUUUGGGGGCGGAGUUAGCGGCUUGACAUUUAACGUUUGAACUAUAUUCAUGCUCCUUUUUGAAGUCAAGCUUUUACUCAAAAAAUCUCAGAUUGCGCUACGAAGCGUCAGGAAUUGUCCGCUUUUUCCUCGGCUGUCGAAGGAAAUUGCCUCAAAUAUACUUAUUGGGGCUCUGCCAUUUUCGUCUCUUCGUGUGUUCAGGUGAAUUUCGAAAAUCUUGAAAGAUACGUUUCAAAAAACAUUUUUUAAAAAAUUUCAAUCAAUGCCGUGUUGGAUGUAAGCUCCGCUCUCACAAGUUGUAAGUUCAAAAUUUUCUCUGACCCUCCGAAUUUCGGUUAUCUUUUUUUCACUGUCUGACGUUUGUUGUGAAAAUUACCCUGAACACGAACUUCACAAAAAAAUGAAAUUAUUUUAAAAAGCUGGAAGCUCUCAAAAACAAGAACUUUGGAAUAAUCAGUUUUUUUCAAACCUUGAAGACUUUUUUUCAUAUUCUAUUGAAAUUUACGUCUAUUUAUCAAAAAAAAAAUUAUUUUUGUUUUCUUUUAUUUCGUUGUUUCAAGCUCUAAAGUUAUUCAGGGUUUUUUUCAGAGCUCUUUCUAAUAUUUUUUUAUAAAUGAGAAUAUUAUAAAAUUGGAACUAGUAGGUUUGAAUUUUUUUCAUGAAAAAAUUUAGAAAUUUUUUUCCAAAGAAAAAUAAUUAACGAGAUUCUUUGAGCAUGACACUCUAAAAAGGCGUUUUCUCGGAAGUUACUGGGAGUUUAAAAAUUAGUUCUACAGUUUGGAAAUAUUUUCUUCCCUCGAAAUUACAAGAAUUUUGGUGCGUCUGUGUUUAUGAUGCGCUCAAAGAAACGUUUUUUGGAAUUUUGAGUUUUGAGCAUAAUUUUUUCACGAAAUAAUCAAAAAAAAACUCAUUUUUUUCCCAAAUCCAGGCGUUCUGCUUCGCCAACGUCUGCAAACACCUGACCAACCGUCUCCGCCGCAAUUUUUUCAACUCGAUCCUCCGCCAAAAUAUCGGCUGGUUCGACUCGAAACACUCUGGAACACUUGCCACCAGCCUUUUCGAGUAUUUCCCGACAAAUUUCCCGAAAAAAAAUGCACAUUUUUUCAAGUAAUGUUGAACGAGUUCAAGACGGAACUGGCGACAAAUUGGGCCUUCUCAUCCAGUUUUUGUCCCAGUUCGUUGGCGGAUUCGCCAUCGGAUUCUACUAUAAUUGGUACCUGACACUGAUUAUGAUGGCUUUCGCCCCGCUGAUGGCCAUUUGUGGCGUUUUUAUAGCCAGGGUGAGGAGAAAAAAAGAGUAUUUCUGAAAUUUUACUGCUUUUAUCAAAAAUUUUCUUGCUCUUUUUACUAUAGCUCAUUCCGCUCCAGCCUGUCACGAUUUUUUUUUUCCCGAGCUACAGAACCUUUCCCUUCGAUGCGCGCGGCCUGUCUCGGUGUCUGCGCCUUUAAAAUGACAGAAAUUUAGGCAGAAUUAAAGGCGCAUGGACAGAAAAAGGUCGCGUUCAUCAAAGGGAAGCUUUUUCGGAAGGGUUCUGAAGAAUUAAAAUAGUGAAAAACUGGUCUUUUGCGCGAUUUCCAUGAACUUUCUCGAGAUUCCGAAGAAAUUAGCUAGCAAAUCUGCUGUUUAGUUUAAAGGCGCAGGCGUAGGGCUCAAAAAAAGUCCCGACUUGCUAGUUUUUUUUAUCCGGCCCUCAGAAAAGCUGAAAAGACAGCUGUGAUAAAGUCCUGUCAAGUUUUAUUGAAUAAUUAUAUAUAUGAAAUACUUUUUUCCUCUUUUCAUGCACAGAAAUAAAGCGUUUAGUUGAAAAAUAGCUUCAAAAAAACGCCAAAAAAAACUUUUUAGUUGUUUUUUUUUUAUCGCUCUUCAAGCUUCUUUGUAAAAUAACUUUUGAAUAGAUUUUUUUAACCAGUUUAUUUUCAAAUCCUUGUCAGAAAAUGCGUCUCCUUCUACUCUGACCCCAGGCGCCAGCUAUCCGCCAGAAAAAAGUCAUUUCGCGAGCUCGCGCCCAUCAAAUUUGUGGCGGUUUCCUGGCGAUUCUCUGGCGACGUAACCAAUAGCGCGAAUUUGCUUUUUAUUACUGUAUUUUUAUAUUGCGAUCUAAAAAUUUUUGGGACUCGCGUUUUUUUGUCUUUUUGUUUUUUUCUAUUUGAUUUUUUUGCUGAUUUCACGAUUUUUCAGUGUUCGUUUCCUGUUUUGUCCAAACUAGGGCAAAAGCGAUGCCGCAAUGCAGUUUUGAUGUAACAAGAAAUUUUUCUUGAUUUCAUUUUUUCUUUUUUUUUGUAAAAAUUCAAAAAGCUGUGUAUAGAAGUAGGAAACUGUAGGUUGCGUAGGUCGUUCGAAGAAAGAAACGCGAUUUUUUGCAGGACAAUUAAAUUUAUAUAGUCUGUUCAGAUUUUUAAUGUCAAGCAGCUAACUCCACCCCCAAGGCUACAAUAUCUUUCGCGUUAAUUUUUUUAUCUACAGAUGACGAUGUCCCUUUAAUAAGGCUGCAUUUAGAUCAAAAAAGAUCUAAAGUAAUCCCGCGCGAUAAAAAAUCGACGCGAAAAGGUACCCUCUCAGCGGGGGCGGAGUUAGCUGGUUGACAUUAAAAACCUGAACAGACUAUAAGAUAGUUUUUACAUCUGGAGUUCUGCAGCAAAGGCACGUAUCCUCCUUCAAACGAAACAAAAGAACAGACUUUAGUUGAAAAGAAGUUUAAAAAGUCAGAAAAUUAUUAGAAUAUAAACCUUUGUUUUAUUUGUGUAGAGCUCAGUAAAUGUGAUGCGACGGAGGGUUUCAGGUUUAAAAAACAACAGCUUGAAAGGUUGGUAAAUAAGAAAAUUCGGAUUAUUUUCUCGAUUUAGUUUCGUGGAUGAUCAACCGCUCUAA